GGAAGAGGAAGAAAAAGAAGAUUGGGGGUGAAGUGACGUCGGGGCGGUAAGGUACGCCUACUACAAAGCGUCACCGGGAGCGCCUCAAGCUACCCCUCCCCCGCCAAAAAUCGGAUUCUUUUUCUCCUUCACCUUUUCCUCUUCCUCUUCUUCUCUUCUCUCCAUCUCUUCUUUGGGUUUUUCUAUACAUCAUCCUAUUCCAUUUCUCAUCUUUUCUGGGUCCAUUUUGACAUCAUGGCCAAGGUCGAUCACAAGGUCGCUCUCAUCGUCAUUGACGGAUGGGGCGUGGCCACCGAGAAAUCGCCCAAGGACGGCAAUGCGAUCGCCGCCGCCGAGACCCCCUUCAUGUCCGGUUUUGCCGAGGCCAACUCCAAGUCUGCCCAGGGCUACACUGAGCUGGACGCCUCGUCGCUGGCUGUUGGUCUGCCCGAGGGUCUCAUGGGUAACAGUGAAGUCGGUCACUUGAACAUCGGUGCCGGUCGCGUGGUCUGGCAGGACAGUGUCCGCAUUGACCAGACCCUCAAGAACGGCGAGCUCAACAAGGUCGAGAACAUUGACAAGUCGUUCACUCGCGCCAAGGAGGGCAAUGGCCGUCUCCACCUGCUGGGAUUGGUCUCCGACGGUGGUGUGCACUCCAACAUCACGCACCUGAUCGGUUUGCUCAAGGUCGCCAAGGAGAAGGAGAUCCCUCACGUCUUUAUCCACUUCUUCGGUGAUGGCCGUGACACCGAUCCCAAGAGCUCCGCCAAGUACAUGCAGCAACUGCUCGAUGCCACCAAGGAGGUUGGCGUUGGUGAGAUUGCCACCGUCGUGGGCCGCUACUGGGCCAUGGACCGUGACAAGCGCUGGGACAGAGUCGAGCUUGCCAUGAAGGGCAUUGUCGAGGGUGAGGGCGAGGAAAGCUCCGACCCCGUCCAGAUCAUCAAGGACCGCUAUGAGAAGGGCGAGACCGACGAGUUCCUGAAGCCCAUUAUCUUUGGCGGAAAGGACCGCCGGGUUCAGGAUGAUGACACUCUCUUCUUCUUCAACUACCGCUCCGACCGAGUUCGCGAGAUCACCCAACUCCUGGGCGACUACGACCGCUCUCCCCGCCCCGACUUCCCCUACCCCAAGAACAUCCACCUCACCACCAUGACCCAAUACAAGACCGACUACACCUUCCCCGUUGCCUUCCCUCCCCAGCACAUGGGCAACGUACUCGCCGAGUGGCUCGGCAAGAAGGAGGUCAAGCAGUGCCACAUCGCGGAGACCGAGAAGUACGCCCACGUUACCUUCUUCUUCAACGGCGGCGUGGAGAAGCAGUUUGCGGGUGAGGAGCGAGACAUGAUCCCCUCCCCCCGGGUGGCCACCUACGACCUGGACCCCAAGAUGAGCGCCGCCGAUGUGGGCAAGAAGAUGUCCGAGCGCAUCGCUGAGGGCAAGUUCGAGUUCGUCAUGAACAACUUCGCGCCCCCCGACAUGGUCGGUCACACCGGUGUUUACGAGGCCGCCAUCCAGGGUGUGGCUGCCACCGACAAGGCCAUUGGCGAGAUCUACGAGGCAUGCAAGAAGAACAACUAUAUCCUCUUCAUCACCGCGGAUCACGGCAAUGCCGAAGAGAUGCUCAACGAGAAGGGCACCCCCAAGACUUCUCACACCACGAACAAGGUCCCCUUCAUCAUGGCCAACGCCCCUGAGGGCUGGUCCCUGAAGGACGACGGUGUGCUCGGCGACGUUGCCCCCACCCUCCUGAAGGCCAUGGGUAUCGACCAGCCCGAGGAGAUGUCGGGCAAGAACCUCCUGGUCCAGUCGUAAAUAAACAAAGAAAAAUGGAAAGAAAAAAAAAAAAAAUAUGAGUAAAUAGACAGGAUGGGCGGGCGAGUUUCAUGAAGUCAAUGAAUCGUAAUGGAGUUUGGAUGAGAUGCCUCUCAGAGGUGGCUUCAGAGAAUAUACUACAUAUAAAGGAAUAUUAUCUGAGCUGAUGUUUUGUUUGGAGUGUGUAG